CUCCGUGUCGCAACUCCGCCCUCCCUUUGCGGCCUAACAAUGUAGAGUGGGGCGGCCUUUCCUGGAGACUUGCCCGGAGCAUCAAGCCGUUGGCGCGGCGCGGACUUACCAUCGCGGAGCCGAGGAUCCUUUGCCGAGGAUCGCCAGAAGAAGAGCUCCGACCGCGGGGCCUGUGGACUUUAACACCGUGAAGCCUGCGGUCUCCAUUAAAAAGUGGCCGAUUCGGGAGCUCCAUGCUGCGGAGUGUUCCAAUCUGUCUCGACGCCGGAGUUUUGAUCAUCCCGACGAGAGGGCUUGGACAUCGGACCGUCGGCAAUGGCAAGGGCGGAGGGUUCAAGGCCCCGACAAAGGGGAAGAAGACUGAACUUUAUUGCCUUCCAUCACAGUGAGGAAUGUUGAUUCCACUGCGGUGGAUGUUUAUGUUAAAUUUAUUUUAUGUGUGUAUUGUGUUCUUUUCACUUAGUAUGGCUGUAUGGGAACUCAAAUUUCACUGUACCUUAGUUGGUUAAGUGACAAUGAAAGCGAACUUGAACUUGGAGUGCAAUAACCCACAUGUGCUUGCAUAGUUUUUCCACUGACGUGCAGAGAUGCUGAAGAUGUCCUGCGCCUGCAUUUUUUUUUUUUUUUUUGUUGCUUAUAUUGUCUUUUGGCCGACGAAAUGAAACAAACAGAAAUAACCUACACCCUUAAUGACUAAUCAGAGGUACAGCGAAGCUGGGUUUAAAAUUAAAAUUAACAUUCACCAAAAGGUGGAGCACUUCAAGCUACGUGUUCCCACAGACUAGGAAAUGCAAAAAUUCAACGCCCAACCCACCAAUUCAAACACUGGUGCUGCUGAUAAGGUCCCAGGAGGGUGCAGUGAAGCUGUCUGGAGGAAACUGGCUUUUGCAGCACCGAAGACAGAAAUAAUUUGUACGUGACAGACCAGAAUUCCAAAAGAUUGAAAAGAAGAAGAAAAGAAGUUGUCAUUGGAGGCGAGAAGAAGAUUCCAAAUGGUAUUUUAGAAGAACAAGCAGAGCAACAGACUGUGAUGCUACUUAACAGGUCGCCCACAGUUUCGAAGAGGUACCCACCUAUUCCACUCGAAGCUUUGGAACAUGAAGUCCAGAAACGCUCAGCUGAUGAGGGCAAACUCUUUCGGGAGGAGUUCAAUUCUCUGCCAAUUGGAACAUCACUAGCACGUUGUGAAACAGCAAAUAAAGAAGAGAAUAAAGACAAAAACCGAUACCCCAACAUCCUGCCAGAUGACAAUUUCAGAGUGACUUUGACAGCUAUAGAUGGGGUGUCAGGCUCAGAUUACAUUAACGCCUCAUACGUUGAUGGUUUUAAAGUGAAGAAUAAAUUCAUAGCAGCUCAAGGACCCAAGGAAGAGACUGUAGCAGAUUACUGGCGAAUGAUAUGGGAACAGAAAUCUGCCACCAUUGUUAUGUUAACAAAUGUAAAAGAGAAAAAGGAGGAGAAGUGUUAUAAGUACUGGCCUGAUCAGGGUUUGUGGACGUAUGGAGCAAUACGGGUCUCAGUGGAAGAUGUCACCGUGCUUGUGGAUUACACCAUACGCAAGUUCACCAUACAGAAUCAAACAGUUGGCAACAAAGCUCCAAGACUAGUGACACAGCUUCACUUCACCAGUUGGCCUGACUUUGGUGUUCCCUUUGCACCCAUUGGGAUGCUCAAAUUUCUGAAGAAGGUUAAAGCACUGAACCCUUCCUAUGCAGGACCUAUUGUAGUUCACUGCAGUGCAGGGGUUGGCAGGACUGGAACCUUCAUUGUUAUCGAUGCUAUGAUUGAUAUGAUGGAGGCAGAGCAGAAGGUGGACGUCUUUGGUUUUGUGUCACGAAUUCGCAAUCAACGGCCACAGCUAGUUCAAACUGAUAUGCAGUAUUCCUUCAUUUAUCAAGCGCUGCUUGAACAUUACUUGUACGGUGACACAGAGCUGGAUGUGAGCUCUUUAGAGAAGCACAUACAGAAACUCCGAAAUAAAGCAGGGAAGUUCGACAUCACUGGCUUAGAAGAAGAAUUCAGCAAAUUGACUACAGUCCGAAUAAGGAAGGACAAUAUGCGAACAGGGAAUAGGCCAGUGAACAUGAAAAAAGCCAGAGUCCUUCAGAUCAUUCCCUAUGAUUUUAACAGAGUUGUUUUGCCCAGGAAAAGGGGACAGGAAUUCUCAGAUUACAUCAAUGCUUCAUACAUAGAUGGCUAUCGACUGAAGGAUUAUUUUGUUGCAACUCAAGGACCUAUUGUUCACACAGUAGAAGACUUUUGGAGAAUGGUUUGGGACUGCAAGUCGCACACAAUUGUAAUGCUAACCGAACUCAGAGAAAGAGAACAGGAAAAGUGCUCCCAGUAUUGGCCCUCUGAGGGCUCCACGAAGUAUGGGACGUACACUGUAGAGAUGAAGAAUGACAACAUUGGUGAUGCUUUCAGUCUUAGAGAUCUCACAGUCACAAACACUGUUGAAAACAAGGAGAGGACAGUACGACAGUUUCAUUUUCACGACUGGCCUGAGAUCGGCAUCCCACUGGAGGGUAAAGGGAUGAUAGACCUAAUCGCAGCAGUCCAGAAGCAACAACAAAAGUCCGGCAAUCAUCCGAUCAUAGUGCAUUGCAGCGCUGGUGCUGGCAGAACAGGUACAUUCAUUGCACUGAGUAACAUUUUGGAGCGAGUGAAAGCUGAAGGCCUUCUAGAUGUUUUCCAGACUGUUAAGAGUUUACGAAUGCAACGACCACAUAUGGUGCAGACAUUGGAGCAGUAUGAUUUCUGCUACAAGGUGGUGCAAGAUUUCCUCGACAUUCACUCCGAUUAUGCCAACUUCAAAUAAAUAUGUUUGCCUUACAGAUUUUUUUUAUCUUUUGAAUUGUUAGCUGAUGGGCCAGUAAAGCAUUUUUUGUACAUUAAAUUAUCAAGAAUUUAUUUUGUAUUUUGCUACGCACUUGAUGUUUAGAAGAAUAUUACUAAUAAGUUGAAGGCCUUUCCUUCAUUGUCUCGUGAUUGCGCUUUGAAAGCAUUUAGGUUACAGUAACUGGGGAGUCACACUUCUAUUAACAGUUGUGUGAUGUUUCUAACUGAGUGAACAAAGUACAUUUUCUGUCAUAAUCUCCCGGCAGAACAUUAUUUAAACAGAAUAGGUCAUUAUCACUCAUAUUAUGUUGAAUCUUGAAUGUACAGAAAAGUGAAAAUCUACUGAUAAAACAGCUUCACUUGCUUUGAAAAAAAUAUCAACAAUCUCUGAACCCCCUCCAAGUGUUACAUAAUGUGAAUUUAUACUGUGCAUUAGAGUUUGCUUUGUUUUCAGAAGGUUGGGUGUGAUGCAUAUAAUAGAUAUAUUUUUCUAUGAAAAGUUUACAGUGUUAUAAUGUUAGUUGCAUAUCAUGCGUUUUGGCUUACCUGAUGGCUUUAUUGUUUGUAAACAUGAUGAAUGAUAAUACAGUUGUUCAGAAGUC